ACUGUCCGUCUCUGGUUUCACGGGACUGUGUGGUGGAGCGCAAUGGAUCCCAGCAUGGACAAGACGCACAGCGUUUGAACUCAGGAGAGAACAGUUAACUUUAUAUCCUGAAGAAAUCUGCUCAUUUAGUCCCCAGGGAAGAUGGCGGAGGAUUUCCCCCCAACACCCACUGCUGUCAACACCCAGGGGUCAUGCCCUGGCCUGGAUGUACCCCCCUCUCUUUCUUCCCCCAUACAGAUUCCACCCUCACGUGUCUCCAGCGACCUCUCCACUACACCCUCUCGGCCCAGCAAAUCUCCAUCCUCCACAGAAACAACAACAGAACCCAGAAAAUCCUCCUAUUCCCAUCCACGAUCAGCUCACACCAUGUCUAAACCAAUGGACUCCCCUCCUUCUUUAGAUGGGUCUAAGCCCUCAUCUGCUGCUGUGUCCUCUAAACCCGCUUCUAAAACUGUUUCCACCAAACCCUCCUCUCCUGCUCCAAACAAAACACAGCUUGUUACUUCUGCUAACUGCUCUACCCCUACCCCUCAAAUCUCCAAAAUUACACCUGGUUCCAAGUUCACCCCUGCCUCCGCUAAUUCAGCCAGCAUAGCCUGUAACACUCUGACAGAUUCCCCUCCCUCUUUCUCCACCACGGCUUCUGCAACUGCUUCCAUCGCCCCCGUGAAACGCACCUUUGCCUCCAUGGCUAAGCGUGUCAUAAUGCAGGAAAGACUUAGAAAAGCAGAGGAAGAAGAUGCCAGUGAUGGAGAAGAUGAUGAAGAACCAGAGGAGGAUUUGUCCUUGGAGCAGAUGGAGGAGAAGGCAAAAGCUGGUGAUGCCAGAGCUCAGACCCGGCUGGGUCAGCAUUAUUUGAUUCUCGCUGAAGAGAAGGAUGUAGAGCAAAAUAAUCUUCUGGCUGUUAAUUGGCUGAUUAAAGCAGCGAAACAGGGAAGGAAACGUGCAGCGAGAAUGCUGCAGCGCUGUUGGAUCCAGAAAAAAGGAAUUACACCAGAGAAUGAAGCUGACGUGCGGAAGUUGUCAACAGAGAGUAAAUUUGAGCAGGCAGUACGUAAAGCAGCCAUGAUGAUGUACUUUAAGCUCAACCCAGAGAGGAAGAAGAAGGUGGCUGUGGCUGAGAUGCUGGAAAAUGUCAGCCAGGUCAAUGCAGUGCCAGGUGGCACUGCAAGCAGGAUUCCUAGCCCAACCUCAGGCCAGACCCAGAAAGUGUUGGAAAGCAUGGUCAGCAAUGAGUCCAAACAGUUGGUCGACCUGGACGACUUUGUUGAGAUGACAAAAAAGUAUGCACAAGGUAUUGUCCCCUCUGCUCCCCAAAAUGGCAGCCAGGUCACAGCCAAGGCUGUAAGCCCUACACCUCAUGACAGAGGCAAGGAGCACAAGACUGAGUUGGUCCCAUCAGGAUACAAGAAGUCCCACAAAAGUUCUUGGAGUUUUGGCCGAAGUGGGAUGAUGUUGGACACUAAGCAGACAGGAGCCAUUAAAAAAGCCAUGGACAUGAAAUCCCGCUUAAUGAUGCUGGAGUACCCUCUGCAUGCCAUUAUGGAGAUGAAGGAGCACCUGGUCGACUGGGCAUCGCGGGCCGGUGUCCAGUGGCUGAGCACGAUCAUCCCCACGCAGCACGUCAACGCACUUAUUUUCUUCUUCAUCUUCAGCAACCUGACAGUUGACUUGUUCGCUUUUGUCAUCCCUCUGCUUGUUUUCUACCUCUCCUUCAUCUCCAUGAUCAUCUGCACACUGCGUGUUUUUCAGAGCAGCAAGACUUGGGAGAACUUCAGAGCCCUGACGUCUUUGCUGACACGUUUUGAACCUGAGCUGGAUGUGGAGCAGGCAGAGACCAACUUUGGCUGGAACAACCUAGAGCCGUAUCUGUACUUUAUCGUCUCCGUCUUCUUUGUCAUUUUUUCUUUCCCUGUAGCUGACAAGGGCUGGAUCCCCUGUUCUGAGCUCUCCACUGUGGCCAUCUUUUUCACCGCUGUGAGCUACAAGAGCCUCAGCCCCACUGCUGCGACGUACGCACGCCGAGCAAUGGUCAUAGAGGUAGCAUCAUCUCUGUGUGGCCUGACCCAGUUCCUGCCAGAGAACAUGACGGCACUUCGUCUUCUGGGACGCACCUUCGCCACGCUGCCACUGGGGGAAUCAGUGGUGCUGAAGCUCAGCCUCCCCUGCUUGCUGUAUGUUUACCUGUUCUACCUGUUCUUCAGCAUGGCAAGGAUGCGUGGUUUCCGGGGCACGUACUGCUUCUUGGUUCCAUACCUCGUUUGCUUUAUGUGGUGUGAGUUCUCCGUAGUGCUCCUUCAGAGUUCCUCUGCUGUCGGUCUAAUCCGCACCUGUGUAGCCUACUUUCUCUUCCUGUUUGCUCUGCCUGUUCUGGCAUUUGGCUUAGCCACCAUGAUCUUCAUCCAACUGUUCAAGUGGUUCCUCGAGUUGGAACUGACAAAGAUGAUUGUGACCCUGGUAGUGUGUGCGAUCCCUGUCACCCUGCGGCUCUGGACACGGUUCAGCAUGUCUAUUCUGGAUGUCUUCCGCUCACUGACCCAUCGUGGCCCAGUCAAACUCAUCUUACUCUGUAUCUCCAUGGUGAUCUUGUUCUUCUCUAUCUAUGUGUACCACGCAGAGGGGCAGAAGGUGUAUAAUUCCACACUGUCUUGGAACCAGUACAGCCAGGCGUGCGGGCCCCCUGCCUGGGAAAGCAAAGGCAUGGCCCAAACACAGAUCUUCUGCAGCCACCUUCAUGGACACAGAGUCACUUGGGCUGGGCGUUUCAAACAUGUCCGUGUGGCUGAGACAGAGAAUGGGGCACAGUCGGUUAUUAACAUGCUGCCGGUGUUCAUGGGAGACUGGCUGCGCUGCCUGUAUGGAGAGACGUAUCCCAGAUGUGAUCCCAAAAAUUCUACAGUCGCAAAUCUAACUGUUGCAAAGUUGACAGCUGGUUCUUCAUCGGCCACUGUUUCACUGCCCCUACUGCUCAGAAUGCAAGAAGAAGAAGAGUUGUGUCAGCUCAAGGCUCUGGCCAAACACACCUGCCACAUCAAGCGCUUUGACAGUUACCGAUUUGAGGUAACAAUAGGGAUGAUCCGGGAUGGAAGUGUGGAGGCAGAGGACCCAGCCAGGGAUAUAAUCCUAAUGGCCAGCCAUGAGUUCAGACAGGUUCUGCUUAAUCUGAACCCUGGCAACAUGGUGGAGUUCAGCACCAAGCUGGAAGGCCGUCUUGGAGCCAGAACUCCCGCCUUCGAGUUAAAGGCUAUCCACUGCCUGGACUGUGUCUCUUCACUGCUGACUGGGGGCAGGCAGGUGAAGAUAGAGAGAGACUGGAGACGCACAACAAUGAGAGCCCUGAAGUUUGCAUUUGAUUUUUUCUUUUCCCCGUUCCUGUCUGCAAAAAUCACUGCCUGAGAAGAAAGACAGCAACACACUAACAGUUGAGGUAAUAACUAUUUGCUCGAACCUCUGCAGGAAGUCUUUGUCUUGUGAUGUGGCUAUCGUGUUACCAAUGUAACUUGUAGUAUUGUUUACAAAUUGAUCUAAAAUGGAUCUACAGUUCAUUUUUAUGUAUUAUGCAUUUCAGAAAGGUGAAAUGUUUUAGGAAAUGAUAGUACUUCCUUUUAGUACGAGUUUACAAAGUUUUUACUAUUUCAGUUCAUGCACAAUAAAAGUAAUUCAAGAAUGGUCAAAUUCUUCUUUGAUGGUGUUUAUAUAGAUUAAAUGCAAGGAAGCUAGUGUUGGUCGCAGGCUCAAUCUGAAUACCUAGAGAUAUUGUGCCUUUCUUAAAAUAAGAUGAGGAGUGAAAUGUAUCUUUUAUAGAGCAAUGCUGCGGCUGCUUUUGUAUUAAGGAAUUUCUUACAUGUAUAGUGAAUGUUCGCAUGAGCAGUAUGUUUAUAUUUGUGCAAGUAUACAUGAGUACAAUUUUAAAUGUACAUUUACCUGUUUAUUUAUAGGUGUUCAUUAGUAUGGGUUGUGCGCAUCAAACCAUAUAUAUAUUUAUAGCUCUGUUAGCCACAGUUGUCUUUCUUGGUGGUCUUAAAAUUCUCUGGUCUUAAUCAUAUUUUUAAUUUGGAUCAGAUUUUCCUGUGCCUUGAGCUACAGUAUACACAAAAUGGACAAAAUGGUAUAACAAAUAUAUACUGUAUAUAUAUACACCGCUAGUUCUCAGCAACAAGGUUUUAUUUUUGAUGGUAUCUCUCAUACAGUAGAUAUGCCAACAAAACAUCUGACAGUGUUCAUUCCGAGGAAACAGUGUGUCAGUAGUGGGAAUAUUUAAAAGGAGGUGCUUUGUUUCAUAGUACAGGGUGUCUUUAGUUUCCCCUGAUGUCAUGAUAAUUUUGUCUCAUUUAUGUUGGCAAAAUUUAUUUCACAGUUUUUAACUUAAACAGCAGUAAUUAAAAUCUGAUUAUCUGAAAAGCACAUAGUGGUAACGCUGAAAAUGGGGCUGUUUUUCUUUGAUAUACACGGUUUUCAUAGAGCAGCAAAAUUUUGCAGAGCGGCAUUGGAAGUACUGAAUGGAUGAUCAGCGUAACACUUUCAGUGCAUGUAAACCCAAAUGUGUGAACACUAUAAAGUUGUAAUUGCACCUGUGAAUGACAGUUGAGCCUGUAUACUGUGAAUUUGAGUGCCUUUUUAUCCAGCAAUGGAGUGUAUGGGGGCGUGCAAUUACUAUUAAUUAAAGUGCUUGACUUUGAAACAAAA